AUAACACUACGCACCCUGCUGACAAAUGCUAUUUAACAAAUAUCCUUUCAAGCUAGUUAUUUUUCCAACUUCAACUGUCUCGCGAUGGAUAGAGUCUUCAUUACACUCUCCGUGUUUUUUGCACUUGGCAACUUACUUUCAGAAAUAGAAGCUCAAUCAAUUCCUGUGCCAACAAAUGGGAGAAUACAAGGACUGAAAGGAAGAAAAUGUCUCAAUUUCCUUUGGGAUUCACCAUGUGACCAUCCUUAUUGCAUGGUAACUCUCAAGAUAAAAUUGCAAGGAGGAGGAAAUGCAGUGGAAUCUGAAAUUCCUUCAUAUAAGCCUGAUAUCACAAAAAACAACGCAUCUUUUGUACAGUGUAUUUAUGCAUCCGCUGGAGAAAAUGUUUCCUGUUGCAAUAGCAUUAACUCGCAAGCACAUUUGACCAAUGGGCAUUCAGUGUCUUUUUCUAACUAUGAAAACAUAAGCUUUCACAUUAAGGUCUGCCUUAAUGCCAGUGGAAAUUGUGUUUCUAAAGACCACGGGUUUGAUUACAUUCUCCCUUGGUAUAACCCUUGCAAGUUUGACAACCCAUGCCAGAACUCUGGGACUUGCAGUCCAGGUGUUGAUGCCUACAAUUGUUCAUGCACCAGUGACUGGGAGGGAUAUAACUGCACCACUCCAAAGRGAUUCACCUACCAUGCUGGGAAAUGUCUGGACUAUUCGUCAAAUACUGAUGUCAAAAAGUACAUGAAGACACUGUCUCAAUGUAGUUCUGAGUGUACAAGCAUGAGUUCUCCAAGAUGCAAAUCAUUUGAGUUCAAAAAGAUGACAUCUGGUAACCAUGGCAACUGCACCCUUCGCGACUCUAAUAGCCUGGUGCACAGUCUUGUGGCCUGUGAUGCUGAUCUUUAUGAAAUUAAAGGAUAUUUGGAACCCAGUAGUGGUACAACUGUUGCCACAGUAACCCGUCAUCUCUUGGUCAUGUUGGUUGCUAGCAUUUUUUUUCUUGCAGAACACUAAGCAGUAGCUAAGUUGUGCUUGACCACAUUCAUAGAUAGGAGCACAGGAUAAGAAAAGGUUAAGUUAUACUAUGACAAGUCUCUACUUUUCUUUAACGUCACUCUUUUUAUUUAUGAAUAAAUGGUUCGUUUUGUCGACUCAA